AGAGCGCCCUGCUCCUCCUUCAGCUGCUGGCGUCGCCGCGCGGGGAGAAAGAAGCCGUCCCUCCGGCGCUGGGAGAGCUGCAGAGCCGCGGGCAGAGGAGGAGGCCGCGGCCGAGCCCGGCAGCCCGAUACCCCCCAUCCGAGCGACCCCCUUUGGGGCAGGCGGAGAAGGUGGCAUAGGCGACCAGGAGGGUUCGCCCACCUGGGACACGCACCCACAGUCACCUCCAAAGGACCCCCCUCCCCAAGUCUCUAGGGGCUGCUCCUUCAUCACCGGAGUCGCCCCUACCUCUCUGCCCCCAGCCCCAGAGCCCCAGGCGGGGACCCCCGGAUCGGACGUCCCCAAGCCUCCGGGCACCUGGCUCAGCAGGAGGCCCCCGGCUCGGGGCAGGGCAGGGCCGGCGGCGGCGAGCCGGAGCCCGCCCCCUGCCCGGGCCCCGCCGAGCCCUCGGAGCCCACCCAUGGGGCACCUGCCCCUUGCGCCUCCUUGCCCGGCCGCGCCCAGCCCGGCGUCCCGAGCAGCGCAGGGGAGGAUCCCCGCGCAGUGACCCGGGAGCCACCACAGACUCUGGGAGGCUCGGCGGCUGGAGCAGCAGGCAGCUCCCCGCAGCUCCCGGCGCUUCCAGGCAGCUCUCUGAGCCGUGCCAGAGGCCCGGCCCGCCAUUCCCAGCCCCGAGCCAUGAUGAAGACUUUGUCCAGCGGGAACUGCACGCUCAGUGUGCCCGCCAAAAACUCAUACCGCAUGGUGGUGCUGGGUGCCUCUCGGGUGGGCAAGAGCUCCAUCGUGUCUCGCUUCCUCAAUGGCCGCUUUGAGGACCAGUACACACCCACCAUCGAGGACUUCCACCGCAAGGUAUACAACAUCCGCGGCGACAUGUACCAGCUCGACAUCCUGGAUACCUCUGGCAACCACCCCUUCCCCGCCAUGCGCAGGCUGUCCAUCCUCACAGGGGAUGUCUUCAUCCUGGUGUUCAGCCUGGAUAACCGGGAGUCCUUCGAUGAGGUCAAGCGCCUUCAGAAGCAGAUCCUGGAGGUCAAGUCCUGCCUGAAGAACAAGACCAAGGAGGCGGCGGAGCUGCCCAUGGUCAUCUGUGGCAACAAGAACGACCACGGCGAGCUGUGCCGCCAGGUGCCCACCACCGAGGCCGAGCUGCUGGUGUCGGGCGACGAGAACUGCGCCUACUUCGAGGUGUCGGCCAAGAAGAACACCAACGUGGACGAGAUGUUCUACGUGCUCUUCAGCAUGGCCAAGCUGCCGCACGAGAUGAGCCCCGCCCUGCAUCGCAAGAUCUCCGUGCAGUACGGUGACGCCUUCCACCCCAGGCCCUUCUGCAUGCGCCGCGUCAAGGAGAUGGACGCCUAUGGCAUGGUCUCGCCCUUCGCCCGCCGCCCCAGCGUCAACAGUGACCUCAAGUACAUCAAGGCCAAGGUCCUUCGGGAAGGCCAGGCCCGUGAGAGGGACAAGUGCACCAUUCAGUGAGCGAGGGAUGCUGGGGCGGGGCUUGGCCAGUGCCUUCAGGGAGGUGGCCCCAGAUGCCCACUGUGCGCAUCUCCCCACCAAGGCCCCGGCAGCAGUCUUGUUCACAGACCUUAGGCACCAGACUGGAGGCCCCCGGGCGCUGGCCUCCGCACAUUCGUCUGCCUUCUCACAGCUUUCCUGAGUCCCCUUGUCCACAGCUCCUUGGUGGUUUCAGCUCCUCUGUGGGAGGACACAUCUCUGCAGCCUCAAGAGUUACGCAGAGACUCAAGUUACACCUUCCUCUCCUGGGAUUGGAAGAAAUGUUGAUGCCAGAGGGGUGAGGAUUGCUGCGUCAUAUGGAGCCUCCUGGGACAAGUCUCAGGAUGAAAAGGACACCGAAGGCCAGAUGAGAAAGGUCUCCUCUCUCCUGGCAUAACACCCAGCUUGGUUUGGGUGGCAGCUGGGAGAACUUCUCUCCCAGCCCUGCAACUCCUACCCUCUGGUUCAGCUGCCUCUGCACCCCCUCCCACCCCCAGCACACACACAAGUUGGCCCCCAGCUGCCCCUGACAUUGAGCCAGUGGAGUCUGUGUGUUUGAAGGGGGCGUGGCCACACCUCCUAGACCACGCCCACCACUUAGACCACGCCCACCUACUGACCGCGUUCCUCAGCCUCCUCUCCUAGGUCCCUCCGCCCGACAGUUGUGCUUUCUUGUGGUUGCAGCUGUUUUCGUGUCAUGUAUAGUAGUAGAAAUGGAAAUCAUUGUACUGUAAAAGCCUAGUGACUCCCUCCUUGGCCAGGCCCUCACCCAGUUCAGAUCCACGGCCUCCACUGGGGACGCCUUCCUCCUCUGCUCCCGAACAGGGUUUCCGUGGCCUGUUUGCAGCUAGACAUUGACCUCCGCCAUUGAGCUCCACGGUUUACAGACAAUUGCACAAGCGUGGGGUGGGCAGGCCGGGACUGCUUUUUUUUAAUGCUCCCAUUUCACAGAGGAUACCACCGAGACUCGGAGGGGACAUGAUGAGCACCAGGCCCCACCCUUGUCCCCUAGCAAAUUCAGGGUACAGCUCCACCUAGAACCAGGCUGCCCUCUACUGUGCUCGUUCCUCAAGCAUUUAUUAAGCACCUACUGGGUGCUGGGUUCACUGUGUCCUAGGAAACCAAGAGGGUCCCCAGCCCUGGCCUCUGUCCGCCCCUGCUGCCCCACCGCCUUCUGCACACACAGCGGUGGGGAGGCGGGGAGGAGCAGCUGGGACCCAGAACUCAGCCUGGGAGGGGUCCGACAGAAAAGCUCAGGGCGGGUCUUCUCCUUGUGCCCGGGAUUGGGCUGUGCUGGGUACCACCAUGUACUCAGGCAUGGUGGGUUUUGAACCCAUAAACCAAAGGCCCUUGUCAUCAGCUCUUAACAAGUAUAUUUUGUAUUUUAAUCUCUCUAAACAUAUUGAAGUUUUAGGGCCCUAAGGAACCUUAGUGAUCAUCUAAUGGGUCUUUCUGAGGUUCAGAGAGGGUAAGUAACUUCCUCCAGGUCACACAGCAAGUCUGUGGGUGGCAGAAGCAAGCUAGCGCUGGGCAUUCAGUACAUACCACGAUGUGCUCCCUCUCUUGAUGCUUGGCCCCUGGGGCCUUCAGGGCUUUGGGACAUCUUGUCCUCAACCGUCUCCCUAGAUCAGUCUGUGAGGGUCCCUGUAGAUAUUGUGUACACCAUGCUCAUGUAUAUACAAGUACACACAGAUGUACACACAGAUGUACACAUGCUCCAGCCCCAGCUCUGCAUACCUGCACCUGCACCCCAGCCUUGGCCCCUGCCUGCGUCUGUGCUCAAAGCAGCAGCUCCAACCCUGCCUCUGUCCCCUUCCCCACCCACUGCCUGAGCCUUCUGAGCAGACCAGGUACCUUGGCUGCACCGGUGUGUGGCCCGCUCUCACCCAGGCACAGCCCCGCCGCCAUGGAUCUCCGUGUACACUAUCAAUAAAAGUGGGUUUGUUACAAA